AUGAUUCAAACGGCAGCAAAGCGCGUGGUCUCCUUGUUGGCUUCUGACUCCCUGAGUUAUCAGCUGCAGCAAUCUCGAGGCAUCCGAGUUAAGGUUCGGAACAACAAUUUAGAUCAAGCAUUGGCUUUAAUGCAAAGGAAGAUGCAAUCGAGUGGCAUCGAGCGCAUGAUUAGGAAUGAACAGACUUGCCACAUUAAGAACUCCGAGAAGCGAGUUUUGGCCAAGAAGAAUUUGGAGCGCAAGAUUCGUGCACAGGACCUCGCCCGCAAGCUCAAAAUGAUUCUCGUACAGAAAGUCAGGUGA